AAAUCUCAAACGUCACUAAUCAACAUAAUGGGUCAAUCAAAUUGCUUUACAGUAGAGCGCAAAUCUCUUCCUAACUUGUCUCCCCAGCUAGCCAUUGAUCAAAAUCAUACCAAGAGUAAACCUAAAAAGAAGAAGUCAGCCAACAAAUCCAUCAGAAAGUUAAGCAUACUCCAAGUGCAAAAUCAACAGAGUUCUGCAACUAAGAAUCUUGAAGAGAAGACAUCAGAUUUUUCGGAAAAUCUCGCCAGAGAAUAUAGAGUUGCAAGAAGUAUCACCAGAAAAACACUUCACAGAAAAUUGAAAUCUUCAAACCCUAAAAAGAGGAGAAAGUCUAAUUUGUUGAAGAAGCAAAAGAAGGAAUUGUCGAAAUUUAUGUCUCCAUUGGUCCAAGAGUUUGUGGUGUACGCUUAACUGCUAGAACCCAUCAUUCACCAAGUAAUAAUG